CUCCUUCGGUGGGCAGUGUGCUGCGGCGCAGUUAGCAAGCCCCGGCGGCGAGCGGGGAUGGCUGCCAAAGCUGCGACUGCGGGUGGGAUGUGGCUCAGUGCGUGUAGAGCCGGAGGACACUGGCGUCGGCUGUGUAGUGCGGGUCUGCUGCGGGGCUUCCCGCGGGCUGCCUCGGCCGUCGGGGAUGCGGCCCAGAGACGGCAGGUGGCUCACUUUACCUUCCAGCCGGACCCGGAGACCCAGGAGUAUGGGCAAACUCAGAAAAUGAAUCUUUUCCAGGCAGUAACAAGUGCCUUGGACAACUCAUUGGCUAAAGAUCCUACUGCAGUAAUAUUUGGUGAAGAUGUUGCCUUUGGUGGAGUCUUCAGAUGUACUGUUGGCUUGCGAGACAAAUAUGGAAAAGACAGAGUUUUUAAUACCCCAUUGUGUGAACAAGGAAUUGUUGGAUUUGGGAUUGGAAUUGCAGUCACUGGUGCUACUGCCAUUGCAGAAAUUCAAUUUGCAGAUUAUAUUUUCCCUGCUUUUGAUCAGAUUGUUAAUGAAGCUGCCAAGUAUCGAUAUCGCUCUGGAGAUCUUUUUAAUUGUGGAAACCUCACCAUCCGUUGCCCCUGGGGCUGCGUCGGCCAUGGGGCUCUCUAUCAUUCUCAGAGUCCUGAAGCUUUUUUUGCCCACUGUCCGGGAAUCAAGGUGGUUGUACCCAGAAGCCCUUUCCAGGCCAAGGGACUUCUUUUGUCAUGCAUAGAGGAUAAAAAUCCUUGUAUAUUUUUUGAACCUAAAAUACUUUACAGGGCAGCAGUGGAACAGGUUCCUGUAGAACCGUACACCAUCCCCCUGUCCCAGGCUGAGGUCAUACAGGAGGGGAGCGACGUGACUCUAGUUGCCUGGGGCACUCAGGUUCAUGUGAUCCGAGAGGUGGCAUCCAUGGCUCAAGAAAAGCUUGGAGUAUCUUGUGAAGUCAUUGAUCUGAGGACUAUACUACCUUGGGACGUGGAUACAGUUUGCAAGUCUGUGAUCAAAACAGGGCGACUGCUAAUCAGUCAUGAAGCUCCCUUGACAGGCGGCUUUGCUUCGGAGAUCAGUUCUACAGUUCAGGAAGAAUGCUUCCUGAACCUGGAGGCUCCUAUAUCAAGAGUAUGUGGGUAUGACACACCGUUUCCUCACAUUUUUGAGCCAUUCUACAUCCCAGACAAAUGGAAGUGCUAUGACGCCCUUCGAAAGAUGAUCAACUAUUGACCACAUAGAAAAACUGGAAGAUCAUGACUAGAUACAGAAAUAUUUUUCUGAAUUUUUUAUACUGUCUCAGAUUUAUCUCUUUGUGAAAAUAAGAGUUUUUAUGAAAUGAAUCACAAUGGAUACUGACUGGCUGAAAAUUAUAAAUUAGUUAUUGUAUUAACACACAUGAAUUGAUUUCCAUUAAAGGUGUUUCAGAUUAACUUUUUAAAGUGUUCCAUGUGGUAGUCUUAUAAAUUCCAUUUAAUUACAUCUGUAAAUACUGGGCGUGGGAUACUAUUUUAAAAAGCAAAAUCAGAUUGUCUUCAGGUUGUGUGUCUUUUUUCCAUUACUAAAAAGAAGUAUUAUUGCAGAUGAAGGGAACCAAAUUUCUGCCACGCUGAAGCUGCUCACUUGAGAUAUUAUUGAUUUUAAGGUGUUUAUUAAGAAACAAGACUCGGGGUGGUGGGGGGUGGGAGGGCUUUGACCCUCCCCACCCGCCUUCCCCCUGCCCAAGAGAUUCAGACAGAUAGCAGCUUCAGGAAGGAGAUCUUGGGCUGUUCACCUUAACCUGAUUGGAAUUGAUAUGAUAAACAAGAGGGCUUCAUGCAGGUGCCUGUUACCUAGAUACCUCUUUUGUCCCAUUGUUGCCCAGCAAGGAUUUUCCUGCCACGUGUGUUUCCCUCUUCCUCAACUACUUGCAAAUCGCCAGUUCUCACUUCUGAAAUCUAAGACUCUGUUCCCACCUCUUCUCCUUUGUCCAAAAAUGUCUUACAUACCCAGUGUUGCCUCACUGUCUUUGGACUUUUCACGCCUAUGUGAAUUCCCCGUGCACAUGUAUUAAAACUUUGACUUUUCUCCUGUUAAACUGUUUCUGUUAAUUUGAUUAUUAGCCCAGCCAGAAGAACUCAGAAAGUAUUAAUAUUUUCUAGCUCCCCUCUGACUAGUUGUUAACUUGUUCAUUAGAUCUGAGUAAAAUGAAAUGUUGAGAAAUGCUGAAUUUUCAACUUUAUUGUAUUUGGUUUAGUUCUUUAAGGCUAAGAUGAUUGGUUGUAUGUUGGCAAAACUUCUGGAAUGCUUUUUCUCAUUCUCCCCUCUUGCUUCAACAGGGUGUACUGAUGGGUGUACUCACUUUUUCCCAGCGCGUGGUAGCAGGAUCAAACUUGCUGCCUCUCUUCAUGGACAGCAUGGGCUUGUCUUUAGUUAUAAAAGUGCCAAGCUUAUGCUGUAGUUGUAUUUUUCUGCCAUGAUGUUACAAAGCAAGUAUUUUUUUUUCUGUAUUCUUUAUAUUAUUAUAUAGCUAAAAAGAAAAACAUUAGCAGCAACAAAAGGCUCAAAAAGGAGGAAGCCUUCUUGCUGGGAAGGUUGCCAGGGCCUCUUGCUUCUUAAUUCGCCUCUUCAGCCCUCCGCCAUGGUUUCAGACAGGCCCGCCCUGCCAAGGAGUCUCUGUGCAGAGCCCCUCAGCGCUGGCCCUGCCCUCCGGGCUGCUGCUCUUAGGUCCGCCCCACUCCCGUGGAUCCAGAAGCGAUUCUUCUCAGGUCCAGCAGGCAGCGCUGCCUCCACCCUCCCCCAAAAGCAGAGAAACAGGGUCAUAGAGUAUUUUCCUUUCUAUAUAAACACUGUAAAAAGUGGACAUUUUCUUAAGAUUACAAAUGUAUAUGUCACAUUAAAACUACAAUUAAAAA